ACUUCACAACACCGUUCGAAUCUACAAAGUGAAAAAGCGUUGCUAUGGAGGUCCAUUGUCAAGUUGAAAUUUAAAGGGCAAACUAUUUUUCAGUAAAGAUAUGGCGAAUGAACAGUCACGCUUGUGUGGUCUAAUUGACCAUUACCUCCGUCCUUAUACUGAAACUGAGUCUGCUUCGUUAACCAAAGCAAUGGAGAAAAAACUUUUAAUUGCUCUCUCACAGGUUUAUACAGAAAUUAAGGGGUGGAUGAAGGAAGAGGAGUCUGAUGACAGCUUUCAGGAUAUGGCGGGAAAUUCUGUUGAAGAUCGAAUAAUUCCCGGGUCACAUGCUGAUCAUCAUCAUUUUUCAACUAAGUUUAUUGAGGUCUUGAUGAUUGUGGUUGCAACGGAGAAUCCAUAUAUCCAUCACCUAGUUGGCAAUAUCCUGGUGGCUGUUUCUGAAUUUUUGGUUGAAUCUGAAAGCUGUUGGGGUGAAUAUAUUAAUUUGCUGUAUCUUUGCGUGAAAGUUUCAAUUUUUAAUGGUCUUUCUUCUAUGGGACAUAUGAUGGAGGUUAAAGACUCGAGUAGGGAUCCAUCACCUUCUCCAUUAUCGAAACGUAGCCUGAAAAGUGCAAGUUGGCCAACGGCAGCUGUUAUCAUGAGAGUUCUACAUAAUGUACUUAAACAGUUAAAUCGGGAUCUUAGUGAUGAAUUUUUCAACAUUUACUUGGAGGAUACCACUUCUUUUAUCUCAAACAUGCCGUGGAAUUUGCUGUCGGAGGUUUACCAUGUUCACAGGGACUCCAAUUCAGAUCAUUUGCUUCAAAUGCAAGAAGCAAAACCGAAGUCAAUACUAGUAUUUCAGGGAUAUCUUCUCCGGUUACUCUGUUCGUCGGUUAAAGGUGGUUGGACAGACGCUGCUGUCAUCGCUUCAGCAGAGCAUCCAUUUAUUUUUGAAAUAAAAAACUUGCUUCCAAGGCUUCUGUCAUCAUGCCUUAGUAAUGAACAACACUCUGAUAAUGUUGCGAUCUGUCAAUAUCUUAAACAUAAGAUGUUGAUACUCAUGAUUCGACUUAGUAACCAAAUCCAUUGGGACCACUCGAUUAUAAUUUCGUGGUUGGGUCUCAUCCACACAUACUUUCAAGAUGUAUUAUCCCAACCUAUGGAGGGGCAGGAGUUUGGUCUAGAUAAAUAUCUCGAAGGUUCUCCAUUUGGGGUAAUGACAUUUGAUAUGGGAAAAAAAUGGAUUUCAUCAGAGCAUUUACAACGGCUGUCUAUUUUCCUUUUCCUCAAAUGUGCCUCUAGCUUGCUGAACAUGAAAGAGACGACCGAUCAACAUUAUGCAUGUAAAAAUCGUAAGUCUGGCUCAAGCUUUGAAAUGAACCCCAAGUGUUGCAGUAGAAGGAAAGCUUUGCUAGAGCUCCAUGAGUGGCUUGGAGAGUUUCUCCCUGGUGAUAGUUUUAUUGACCAUGAUAUGUACUCUGGGAAAUGCAUGGACUUUGUCUCAUCCUUCUUGCAGCUAUAUAUGCAAGAGGAUGAUAUUCUAUUUGAAAUGCUCUUGCAAAUGUUAUGCUUGCCAUUUUACUCCGAAAAGUUUACUAAUGAAGUGGCUUUGUCAGAUGCCGAAGUGAGAGAGUUUUCUCUGAUCUCACACCUUUUCCACCCAAUACAUUUCUUUCACCUAUUCCUGUCCGAAAUACACUAUGAUCAUCAAGUUCUUCUUGAUUAUCUUAUCUCAAAAGACACAGGCUCUAAUUCUGCUGAAUAUCUUUUGAGGUGUCUGCGUAAGGUAUGUGAUUCGUGGAACAUAUUUGUCACAUUUUCAUGGAGCGGAAAAUGUCAAAGCAGAAAGAAAAAAAAGUUUUCAACAGAUGAUUAUAACUCCGAGGGAGAGAUAUCGAUUGCGCCAAGUUGUGUUAGUGGAGAUUUUUUAUCACGUGACAGCAAACGCAAGAAAGCCUACGGAUGUCGCCAUGAGGAUUAUGUAACUCAGAUGUCGCCGUUUAAGUGUGCAAGGAACUGCCUUUUUCAACUUAAAGCAUCUAUUGAAAGCCUUCACCAAAAGAACCUGUUUCCUUAUAAUCCACAAGUGCUACUACGUCGAGAAUCUAUCAACAAGGCCUUAGUAAGGACGUAUUUGUUUGAAAUUUUUCAAAACACAGUUCAUGAAAGAACUUUGAGUUUUGCACACUUUUUGUUUGAGUUGUUUUUGUGAAAGAACUUCGAGUUUUUGUAAACUCUAAACUAUGAGGUAGGAAGUAGUGUUGCCAUCCUUCUAAUAUUCAAGCCUUUUAUUUGAGGAUUACUAUCUCAUUCAUCAUGUUCGUUAGCUGUUCUUUGUUCGUGCUUUUUCUUAAGUUUGAACACAUUUGCUGCUGAUGUAAAUGAGCUUUGACAGUUUAAGAAUUUUUCGUUCAUGAAUUGGUGGUUGGUUAAAGAAAAAGAUACCUUUUCUAUUUGGGUGACUGGGGGCAAAGCCUUGGUGCAACGAUAAAGUUGCUCCUUUGGUGACCCAAGGGUCAAAGUUCAAUGUGUGCAACAGCCAAUAUGCAUAAAUGCGGGGGGAAUGCUGUGUAUAGUAUAAGCCCAUUCUCCCCCAAAGUGGCACUAGCCAGAAAUCACUUCAUGCAGUGCUAAGCCUUUUUGGGAACAGAGGAACGGGGAGGCAACUGUUACUAACAGAAGUUAACUAAUGCUCUUCAUUGCAGUUUGACGCGAUUUCAGGAGCUCUGCGGAGAUGAAGGAUCAUAAAAGAUAACCGUUGUCCUAUCACCUUGAAAUCCAUGUUCGAUCAUACUCCUCCAUGCCAACCUGGCAUCGGCUAGUUGAGAAUAACUGCAACUUGAGAGGGACCAAAUUUCUGCACUCACCACACCAAAAUAUGGCUUGGAUGUGAAUUCAAUACUAGCAUUCUUGACUUCUAAGGCGAGUUUUCUGACUUUGACUAUGGAAACGCGUAACACAUUUCUGGAGAGAGAGGAUCAAUAUUCUUUAGAUGUCGACAUGUGAUUUUCACAAUUUCUCAGCAAGUGCCGCCAGGCUCCAGGGAAGCCAAGGUCAAAAGGAUUAGAUAGAUGACUUUAGUAUCUGGUGUCUUGCUGUGAGACUAUGGCAUUUGGAGAAUACUAUAAGCUACAAUUCCAAAAUGAUGAUACAUGUGGAAGUUGCUACAUUUGUUAGUCUUGCCCAUUUAAAAAUAGUCAUGAUCAUUUCACUGGAGUCUAGGCGCCUUAUACUUGUUAAAGACGAUGUUGGUAUUUUUCUCUUUAGAAAAGUUUCUGCAUAAUAUUGUUUUGUAUCAAUUACUGAUGAAGAGGUUCUAUCAUAAACUGGGAAAA